CGGCUCCACUCUCCACUCCAGCCUCUCUGCGCCAUUCGCUCUCAGCGCUGCACAAGUAUCUCCUUUUGCUUUCAUUAAUUCAUUUUCCUUCACCUUUAUUUUUUGCUGUUCUCGUCGUCUCCGCGGUCCUGCUGCUGCUGUUGCUGCUGCUCGCCGGAUCAGCGCUGGAAUGCGUUCAUCCUCGAGUUGCAGUUGUGGGCAAAGAGGAGGAGAGGCUGCGCGGCGCUGAUCGCGCGCACGGGCUUUCAAUCGCCUCCCGCUUCUUAAAGACGUUACUUCGCUUUGGAUUUCAAUUCCGAGCCGAACCAGGAGGGCGGACGCGGUGCAAAAGCACGGAGUUCAGAUGUGUUCAAUGAAUGCGAGGAGGGUCUUUCCAAGCAAAGAUGGAGACAAGAACUCAAAACGGCAGUGGGUCUCCUGGCUUGCUGCCUGUGCUGCAUGAUGGCGGAAGGCAACCACUCGGGGAGGCCCACGUCAGGGAUGCCCCAGGGUCUCAAGCUGUGGUGCUCUCUCUGAGUCAGAUCCAGAUCCUUGGCACUUCCAAUGAGUACACUGAGGGACCUGUGGUGGCUCCUAGGCCCGUGGUCAGGCCAGCCACUGGGCAAAUGGACAAGCAAAAAAUGGAGCUUACACAAGGCCAGGUCGAAGAAGACCAGGACCAGGUUGUCCUAAGUGGACCACACAACGAGCAAGACCUUUGCUCUUUGCCGUCUCCAGCUUCCUCAACGCAGUCAACGAGCACCGUUGGCUCAGAUUCGCGAAGUGUCGCAAGGCUAAGCUCCGGCAGCACUUCCUCAGGACAGAGGCUCUUGGAGUCCUCUCCAGCGCAGGAGGCUGUCGGAACACAGCCCAAGUCAUUGGGCACCAAGGUGGAGGAGUUAAAAUCGUUUUCCGCGCCAGAGCCAGGUGGGCACAAUUGCCGCUGCGAGGACUGCGGAAGGUGCACGUGCACAGACUGCACAAGGCCCCGAGUGCUGCCAUCAUGCUGGGUGUGUGACCGUCGCUGUAUCUGCUCCGCUCAGACCCUGGUGGACUAUGCCACGUGCGUCUGCUGUGUCAAGUGCAUCUUUUACCACUGCUCGAGCGAUGACGAGGAUGUCUGUGCCGACGAUCCGUGCUCCUGCAGCCAGUCCCGGUGCUGCAUACGGUGGACAGCCAUGGGCUUUCUGUCCCUCUUUCUGCCCUGCAUGCUGUGUUACCUUCCAGCCAGAGGGUGUCUUCAGUUGUGCCAGGGCUGUCACGACCGUCUGAAGCGGCCAGGUUGCAGGUGCAGAAGCACCGAUACCGUCCAUUGCAAAACUGUGAAAAAGCCAACGUAAUGCAAGUACCUUGUGAAGUGUGAAAGAGGCGUGUGGCCACCCUUGCCUUCGUUAGCAUAAACGACAGAACUUGAGAUGUAGGCGCAGCCCUGGUAGUAGAAGAUGGGUUGUGACUUUCAUAACUCAAUGAAGUGAUUCACGUAGACUUGUUUUAUCCACCCUUUUAACAAGGGACAUUUACAAAUAUGUUCCCUGUAACUUUUUAAUUUUGAAGUUCAGAAUUUUAAAUAAAGACUUGAUACAGUAAGCUGUAGCUAGUUCAGUCU